UCUCUCUCUCUCCCUCUCCCUCUGUCCCUUCCUUAACCCCUCCGAUGCCAUGAUGUUCCCCAGCCUGAUCGCCCCUCCGGCGGUGUACCCCAGCCUGCUCCGGCCCACCCCCGCCCUCACUUUGCCCACAUUCCCCAGCCACACCAGCUUCUUGGUGGAAGACCUGAUCCGGAUCAGCAGCAGCAGCAGGCCGUCUCCCUCGCCUUUCCUGCCCCGAAGCAGCGCUCAGCCGCCGCCCAGCAUCCCUUCUCCCCCUCCUCCUCCUCUUUCGGGGCUCUCCAGGACCGACCCCACGGCAACCUCCUCUUCCUCCCCCUCCUCUUCCUCGCCCACUUCCUCUUCUUCCUCCUCCGACGUGGGCUCUUCCCACUCCGGCAGAAGGCCCGGCUCCUCCUCGCCCGGCCCCGAGGCCACUUUCCUGAAGUUCGGGGUCAACGCCAUCCUCGCCUCCACGCCCCGGACAGACUCCUCCCACGCGCUGAUCCAGAGCAUCCCCCCGAAGGCCUUCUCCUUCCCUUACUUCGAAGGCUCCUUUCAACCUUUCAUCCGGUCGUCUUAUUUCCCAGCUGCCUCCUCUGUGGUGCCUAUCCCUGGCACUUUCUCUUGGCCUCUGGCUGCUCGAGGGAAGCCACGCAGGGGCAUGCUCCGCAGGGCCGUUUUCUCAGAUGUUCAGCGCAAGGCUCUGGAGAAAAUGUUUCAGAAGCAGAAAUAUAUCAGCAAGCCAGACAGAAAGAAAUUGGCCGCCAAGCUGGGCCUAAAAGACUCCCAGGUAAAGAUCUGGUUUCAGAACAGAAGGAUGAAGUGGAGAAAUUCCAAAGAGCGAGAACUACUCUCAUCUGGAGGCUGCCGGGAACAAACGUUACCCACAAAGUUCAAUCCCCACCCAGACCUCAGUGAUGUCGGAAAGAAAGGUUCUGGGGAGGAGGAGGAAGAUUCUUCAUUGCUAUCCUGCUCAGCCAGUCCCAGGCACUCUUUGAAUUAUCAUCAGGCCACAGAUCUCCCACACUUGAGAGACAGACUGGACCCCCGGAUGCUCCCUUCUCCCACCCAUUCCAGCAGUCCCAGCAAACCUUCAGACUUCUCGGACUCAGAGGAAGAGGAAGAGGAGGAGGAGGAAGAGGAGGAGAUCACGGUCUCAUAGAGAACCUUUCUCCUGGCCAUUAUAAAAAGGGGACAUUGCAAAGAUCUACAUCUAAUUGAAGAGGUGGUGUCCUUCCAUAUCCACAUGCCUUGCAUAGAAAAUGUGCCUAUCAUCCUUUUAACCACAAGAUUUUGAUGACCACAGAUCUACCCUGGUUAGAAAGCCUUGCUUUAUAGUACUCCUUUUGCUGAGCAGUCAGUUUGCCUUGCACCUUUCAGAUGGAAGUUAUAGAUGAAACAAGAAUAAACAGAUUAAACGUGUAAUAAAUCUCCCUUAUUACAAAUUGGAUAUUCCUUAUCCAAAA